CUGCUGUUGUGAAUUACCGUCAAGACCUCCUCGGAAAUCGGACUGGGCUCCGAGGCUAGUCGAGUUAAGCCGAACAGCAUGGGCUGGACGCGGUGGCGGGGAGGUGGUGUGGCUGAUAGCCGGCGAGCUAACUUUGAUCAAUUUCACCAUGAAUAAGUCUAAUUUGUGUCGUUCCGCAUAGGGGGCGAGUUUAUCCAGCCAGUUUCUCGCGUUUCCAGUCAGAGAGCGGGUGACUGGGUGUUGUCUGAGUUCUUUCUUCUCGGCUCUGUCAGAGAAAUGAACGCCGGUCAGCUGAGCACAAAGCCCUUCGAGGCUCGUUAGCUAGGCUAACCAGAACCACCUGGCUACACCUCGGCAGUUAAUUCGACGUGUAAUUGUCCGUUUUGCUCGCACCAAAGUUAAAAGAGCUUCACUUUGACCAGUUUUCAAGUCCAUUGGGCGUUAAUGUUACUGCAGACCCGCGGUGGUCGGUGCUCGCGGUGGUCGACUCGGUGGGAGUAGCAGAAUCGCUCUGGGCGCCUGUCGAUUUCCUCAGAAACCGGUUUACGUUAUUACGCGUCCUUUUGUAGCUGAAGCCAAAGUUAAACUUCUUAAGCUGUUUGCUUCUUGCGUCGUGUCCUCAGGCGAGACUCGAGGAUAUGGAGCCUCUAGAUUACAGUGCGGUUGACACCAACCCUCUGUCUGUUUAUGUUAUGCAUCCCUUCUGGAACUCAAUGGUGAAGAUUUUGCCCACAUGGUUGGCACCAAACCUCAUCACCUUCACUGGCUUUAUGUUCCUCGUGCUCAACUUUGUCAUCUUGUCUGUGUACGACUAUGACUUCUACGCCUCAGCUGACGGACAUGUGCACGUGCCCAGCUGGGUUUGGAUAGCAGCCGGCCUCUUUAACUUCCUGGCAUACACAUUAGAUGGUGUGGACGGUAAGCAGGCCCGCAGGACUAACUCCAGUACUCCUCUUGGAGAGCUGUUUGACCAUGGCCUGGACAGCUGGGCGUGCGUGUUCUUUGUGUGUUCCAUGUACUCAGUGUUUGGUCGAGGAGCGAGUGGUGUCAGUGUGCUCACGCUCUACUACCUUCUCUGGGUCGUCCUCUUCUCCUUCAUCCUCUCGCACUGGGAGAAAUACAACACCGGCAUCCUCUUCCUGCCCUGGGGCUACGACCUCAGCCAAGUGACUAUUUCUAUCGUGUACAUAAUAACAGCAGUGGUUGGCGUGGAGACGUGGUAUCAGCCAGUGAUUUGGAACCUUCACUACAGAGAUUUCUUUAUCAUCAUGAUCCUGGGUUGUUUGUUUGCCGUAACAUUGCCAAUGAGUCUCUACAACGUCUCGAAGGCGUAUCGGAACAACACAUUGAAGCACAGCUCCAUGUAUGAAGCUCUGCUGCCCUUCUUCUCCCCCACACUCCUCUUUAUCCUUUCCACGCUGUGGCUUAGCCUGUCCCCCACAGAUAUCUUGGAACAGCAGCCCAGAAUCUUCUAUCUAAUGGUGGGGACGGCCUUCGCCAAUGUCACUUGUAAGCUUAUUGUAUGUCAGAUGAGUAACACACGUUGUCAGCCGCUGACUUGGCUGUUGUUGCCAAUGGCCGUGGUCGUUCUGCUGGUGUUCUUUGGCGUGGUUCAGCAGAGUGAGAUUGUGGUGCUAUACGUGUGGACGGCUGUGGUCGUCUUCGCACACAUACACUACGGGGUUUCAGUGGUGAAGCAGCUGAGUGAUCACUUCAACAUCUUCGCCUUCUCCCUGAAGAAGCCCAGUUCAGACUGACAGGACGAGGAGAAAAUCGGCCUGACGGCUGCCGAGGUCUAAGCUGCCCCAGCAUCCUCUGCAACCAGCCGACACUGAACCCAUCACCACGGAGACACAUCUCAUAACCAGGAAAAAUAACCUACAACCUGCUGACCAAGCAAGCCUUCCCAGCCUGAGCCCAGACAUGCAGCUGCACCACAGAACCUGGUGAGCUGAGAGACGCAGCUGCACCACAGGGCCCAACCCAGAUAUGCAGCUGAGUAAUGGGCCUCAUAUGGAGCUGUGUUUAUGGGGCUGGCAGAGGCUGUUUGACUUUCUGGUGUCCAAAGCUGAGGAGAUUCGCUUGUUUCCUACGGAAAUGUGCUUUCAGCAAAGAUGCGGGGAGCUUGGAAUGAUUAACACAGACCACACGCACAUUCUCGAACAUAACCACAAGACUCGGGCAUGCCCGGUCACACCUUUACAUAGCCAUUCGCACAUAACACAUGUUAAUGAAUGUCUAGUGAAUUUUUUGCCUUGUACCAUUUCGCAUUUAUUUGGGUUUAUUUCUGGCUUCAUUUGCUCAGUUUGAAAAAAAAGCCCUAAAAUUUUAUAUGUAGUUGAAUUUGUGGCAUUACUAAAUCGAAAUGCUUCCUGUCAGUUAAAGAGGACAUGGGAAUUUGUGGUUUAAAAAAAAAAUUCCGUUUUAUUUUCUUGGUAAAGGGAACCGGGGUCAGAUUUCUUUUUUUUUUUUUUUUUUUUCUUUUCUAAAUUAGAUUUUUAUGAGUUUUGUAUGGGGAUAUCUUGUAUUGCUGUGCCUGCAGCUAUGUAAACCUCAACAGGAAAAAAAAUUAUUAUUCAGAACUUACUUGAACCCUGACUUUAAAAGGAAUUCCACUGAUCUUUCAAAAUUUGAUAAAGGAUUUGAAAUGCGUCAGUCAUUCAGAAGUUUUAUGAAAUUGCCUUGUUUUUGAGAAACCUGGCGGUGAUGAAAACCCUGCAUCCAUUUUAUGUGCUAUAAACCACCACUGAACCUACACGUGUCUUCUGAGCUGUUUUUUUUGUUGUUUUUUUUUUUUGGGUGCUAUUUGGCCUAAAAUGCUCUGCAUGUACCUCUCUGCCAUGAAUGUAUUUAAAAAGCUUAACUCAAAAUUAUUCAAAAUCAGCUUGUUAAGCAUCAGGCAGCUUACUGAUAACCAGUUCCUGUAAGACCUGUGUGAGAGAGCAUUUAAUGCCUCUAAAAGCCUCCAUCUGGUUCCUGUCAUCACCACUGAACAAUACUGACUCUUGAGUGGAGCAUUUUACAUCAAAACACUCUAAAUGACUGUUUACAAAGAAAUUUUGAAAAAUCAGUAGUUUUCCCCUUUAACAUCUCAGGCAGGUGCUGUAACGAACCAGUUUUUCUUCGACUUCACACACAGCCUAAGCCCCUUAGUGACUUACAGACAAGUGUGGCGUUAGGGGGUCAAACGUUUUGAGUUGUUGUGACUACUGUACCCACAAACCUCAGCUCCUCAUUUCUUUUGUUUUCUUUAAACAUUGGUGAUGGUGUGUCAGCUAGCCGAUUUUCGGUGUAUUUCUUUUUUUUUUCUUUUCCUUUCCCCUCAUGUUCUUUUCUUUGUUGCUUGCUUUUCACUAGUGAGCUUUUAUUGAGUUUAUUUGCGCUUGAAUGAAGAGUGCGCUUUAAAGCCUGUCCAGGAGAGGGCGCACUCGGAGUGAGCGAGAGGCACCUCGCUCCGUUCACUAAACGCGAUAAAAGCACUAGUCUCUGUGUGCCGCCAAACUGCUGCCAAGGCUUCCCUUUUUUUUUUUUCUUUCUUUUCUUUUCUUUUUUUCCCUCUGUUUUUGGCCUUAGUGACUGUGUUUGGCUUUCUUUUAGCUUCUUGACAGUUUCUGUUUUAUUUACUAUAAUCAGGGCUGCACGAUAUGGACAGAACUCUGUAUCGCAGUGAUAUUUCUGUAUACUGCAAUUGGGAUACAAAGUUUAGCCGAUAACAGACCGUCAUUAGUCAGUGAUUCAUGUUUAACCAUCACACUUUCUCUCAGAGAACAUGGAUGAAAUAGUUACCACUUGAUUUUGAUGGGGUGUGUUGUAAUGGUUGUGCUUACAAAAACUGGAAACUAUUUAUUUAUACUUUAGUUUAUUAAAAAAAAAAAAAAAAAAAAAAAAAAGUCAGCAGAUACGGUUGCCUGUUGCACCCACAAGCAUACCAUUAAAAAAAAUUAAGCAGAAUUAUUUGUUCAGUUAAAACUGCUGUUUAUUGUAAAUGAAUGAACCUUUUUUAACUUAUUUGUCGGUUACGGUGAAGCAGUUAAUCAUUUACAUCCCCAUAUUGAGAGAUGCCUUACAGAACUUUGAAAGCAUAACAUGAAAGGAUGACUUGGCCAAAACACCCAGCGAACAUGCGGUGAUCGGUCGGACGCUCAUUUCCAUAUCGCAACCUUCUGUGAUAUCAGUACUGCAGUGGCUAAAUGAUGAUAAUUAACAAACGAUAUAUAUUGUGCAGCCCUUUUUUAUUUCCCUCUUUUUAGUGGAAAGUGUGUGGUGUAAGUGGAAUGCUUGAUUUCAGCUUUCAUACUCUGUCUAAAGUGUCAGUAUGAGUGUAUUGUUUGUAUGUAUGUAUGUAUGUAUGAAUGUAUGUAUGAAUGGGUGGCUGACUCUUAGAUGCUGACUCUGGACAGUUCACCUUUUGGCACUGUACUUGUUGCCAUAGGAUCGGGGUACGUCUGGAAGCUCCAUUGGUUGAUACUUAAGUCUGUAUGUUAUUAAUGAAGUAACACGUGUUGUGUAGUAAUAAUUUUUUAUUAAUUCAUAUGACGCAAAACCUCUCAAGAAUUUCCAGUGGACGUAAAGAUGAUCGAGCUGCUCAGUGGCCUACUGAAAUAUGCAGAUACGAACAGACUUUAGUACCUCCCACAGCUCUGGGUCGAGCUAAAGGACAGUUCAUGAAGUAAAUACAUGCAUUUCUGUUGUGUUGAAAGAGUGUGAAAAGAAAAUGGUUAUGUGAUAAUAAACAUGGUGUCAGAAUCUC